AUAAAAGUUCCAGAGAGAAAGAGAGAGAGAGAGAGACCGCGAGCCAGAAUGGCUUCAGCUGUGCUCGUUCAUGCCCAAUGGUCGGCUCCUCCUCUGCACAGCAACCGUGGUAGGCAGGCAGUUGUUUUCAAUCGUAAAAGCGUCAUCGUCUCAUCCACCUCCCAGCGCUUCCCGGGUAUCUUCCGGCGCUUUCGCUUGCCGACUCGUAGUUGCGGAUUUGUACUUGGAGCUCAGAAGCGUGGUAAUGGUGGCGCCGCAGGUAACCCGAAGGAAAACCAGCUGGCGAGGAUAGCCCUGCAAUCCUCGCUCUGGGCCGCAGAGACUGCUUACAUCCUCUGGCUAUUCCUCCUUCCGUACGCGCCAGGUUAUCCCGUGUGGGCUAUUAAUUCAAAUACAGUCAAUGAUCUUGUGGGUCUGUCACUGAAUUUCUUCUUUGUUUUGCCCUUAGCAAAUUUGGUUGGCCUUCAUGUGAUUCAAGCACCAGUGCUUCACCCUGUGGCUGAAGGCCUGUUUAAUUUUGUAAUUGGAUGGACUUUCCUCUUCGCUCCGCUUCUCUUCACCGACUGUCGUCGAGGAAGAUUUAAAGGAUCUCUUGACCUCUUAUGGGGAUUUCAGAUGUUUCUCACAAACACUUUUCUAAUACCUUACAUGGCUAUCCGACUCAACAACAUGAGCAGCGUUGCAGAUCAACCACCUCCAAAGCAAUCACAACUAGGCUUGUUAAUCGCGAAUGGUGCAGGACCUGUGGGCUUAAUUGGAGGCAUUGUGUGCUUUGUUUCUGUGAUUUGGGCUCUCUUCGGCCGUGCCGAUAGUGGUUUCGGCGAUUUUGCCAGUCGAUGGCAGUUUCUGGAGCUCUACAUCCAAACAGAACGGCUUGCUUAUGCUUUUAUAUGGGAUAUCUUCCUCUAUGCCAUAUUCCAGCCAUGGUUGAUUGGUGACAACCUUCAAAAUGUGAAGAUAAGUGAUAGAGAGUUAGUGAGUGUUUUAAGAUACAUUCCUGUGUUGGGAUUGGUAGCUUAUCUUCUCUGUUUGGAUAGUGACUUAGAUUUAUAGCAGGACUGCUGGAAAUUUGCUUUAUGUAAGUUUAUUUUGCUACAUUUCU